GCGCGCCGGCGGCGCGUGCGCGGCGGGGGCGGGAGCGCGGCCUCGGCAGCACGUGGGGAACGGGGCAGGGCAGGGCCCGCGGAGCCCCCGGCGCCGGGAGGGGAUGCGAGCAUGGCCAUGGCCCAGGCCGGGGCCGCGGCCGCGGCUGCCACGGGGCUCCUCGUCUUCCUGCUCUACUCCGCCAUCCACAGGGUCGAGGAGGGACACCUGGCCGUGUACUACAGGGGCGGCGCGCUGCUGACCAGCCCGAGCGGCCCUGGCUACCACAUCAUGCUCCCUUUCAUCACCACCUUCAAAUCCGUGCAGACCACACUGCAGACUGAUGAAGUGAAGAAUGUGCCUUGUGGGACAAGUGGUGGUGUUAUGAUCUACAUUGACCGAAUAGAGGUUGUGAAUAAGCUGGCCCCAUAUGCAGUGUACGACAUCGUGAGGAAUUACACGGCAGACUACGACAAGACCUUGAUCUUCAACAAAAUCCACCACGAGCUGAAUCAGUUCUGCAGCGCCCACACCCUGCAGGAGGUGUACAUUGAGCUGUUUGAUCAGAUAGAUGAGAACUUGAAGCUGGCCCUGCAGAAAGACCUCAAUGUAAUGGCACCAGGUCUCACUAUCCAGGCUGUGCGUGUUACAAAACCCAAAAUUCCAGAGGCCAUCCGAAGAAACUUUGAGCUAAUGGAGGCUGAGAAGACCAAGCUGCUGAUUGCAGCCCAGAGGCAGAAGGUGGUGGAGAAGGAGGCAGAGACAGACCGGAAGAAAGCGCUCAUUGAGGCAGAGAAGGCAGCACAGGUGGCCAGGAUUCACUACCAACAGAAGAUCAUGGAGAAGGAAACAGAGAAGCGGAUUUCUGAGAUUGAAGAUGCUGCAUUCCUGGCAAGGGAGAAGGCAAAAGCUGAUGCAGAGUACUACACUGCUCGGAAGCUGGCUGACUCCAACAAGCUGAAGCUGACCCCUGAGUACCUGGAGCUGAUGAAGUACCAGGCCAUAGCUGCCAACAGCAAGCUGUACUUCGGUGACCGCAUCCCCGGCGUGUUCCUGGAUUCCUGUGCCUUCCAGCAGGCCAGCCUGAGGACUGCCCACGAACCAGCCUUCCUGCACAGGAAUCCCCAGAGAGCUCUGCAGAAAGCCCCCUCAGAGGGGAGGAGAGCACUGGCUGAGGAGGCAGGGGAACCUGGUGUAGCUCAGCAGCGAGCCCGGCUGUGACCGGGGACGAGGCCCUGUGCCGUGGGGCGGAUGCAGCACAUGCCUGGACAUCUUGUGUAUAGGUGGCAUUUGGGUUGAUUUUCUUCUGGCAACAGAUUGCAAGGGCUCUGCCUCUUCUGUUUCUCCCCCUGUUAAAUUGGUGCUUCCAAAGGAGGGAUAAUCCUGUACUAACAUACCUAUACUGGAAUAUUAAACGACAGACAGCAGGAAAGCCUCCUGGGGUAGGUGCAGUAAUUUAGCAGGCAUUACUCUGCAGGAAGGAGAUGUAGCUUUGAGUGCUGUGCUGCUGCACACUGGUCAUUGCUCAGCACUCCUGGCUGAGGCUGACUGAAGAGGAGGUUCCCCUCCUGCUGCUGAAGCUUUGCUUGGUGAAGGUUUCUGCUGACGCUGUCUCGCUCUCAAGGACUCCAGUGGAGUGGACUCUCCUUGGCCAGUAUGUUCCUGCUCAGGACAAGGAGUGGUUUGCUGUGGAAUAGGUUAUUGGAGUAGGAUCUGCACAGCCAUAAUAUUCCUGUAGACAGCAGCACUAGGUAAUGACUUGGAGGAAGCAACCUCUGAAGGGAUUCUGCAACCCCCCUCCCUCUCCAAGCAAGAGGCUCACACUUAUUGUCUGGGACUGGCUGUGCUUUCCCUCUGGGUGGCUGAGUCUCAUUGCCUCCUAAACCAGAUUUCAGGAGCACCUCAGAGCAGCUGGUUGGGAACAGAGCCUGGCAAGUCUUUGCUCAGAUUCCAGCCUCCAAGUAAGUCAUUCACCAGGGAAAGGGAGCUGAAUUUCCACUGCUCUGCCAUGGUGGUGAAGUGAAGGGGAAGAGAAGAACGAAAGGACCCUGCUGUGCAGCAAGUCAGAUGUUUGACACUUCAGCUGCAAAGUAGGUGAGGCAUUGCUGCUCCUCCAUGCAAAAUCCACUGCUCCAGGAAAAGGGAUGUCCUUGCUUUGUAUGUCCUUGAGCAGCCAUGGCAAGGAGUGUGUCCAUGCUCCUCUCAUCCCUGGCCAGGCUUGCUGGCAGCUGGAUCUUCUGUCCUGAUCUGAGUCGUGAUAUAUCCGACCUGCUCCUGGUGUGCCAUGGCAGGGUGAGGGGAGAAGUGCUUGGGGAGGGGGGAAUCUGCUGGGACAGCCUGCUUUCUGCUUUUCCUCCUUCCUUCCCUCUGCUUGUGGGGUUGUACUUGCUUUUAGGACCUGCUCCUCCUCGUGCUCUGUGAGGAUCCGGGGUGCAACAGCUGGGGAAGCAGCUGGCAAGAGCUGGAAUGCUGUUCUCCAGCUGGGAGCACCCCAGCACUGCCUGCUGCUUGUUCAGAGACAUGCUCUGCUCUCCCUGUGCAUCCCUCCUGCUGUCCUGUCCCCUCAGAGCAGCCAUGCCACCCUUGAGGGGGCUGGGGGGUGGUGACACUCCAGGCACUGGAGCUGUUGAGAUCUUCUGUCCCUGGCUGUGUCUGCAGCCUCAUGGCAAGGGGAGGGAUGUGUUCAGCUUCUGCCGUUGCGAAACACUAAACCCAAACCAGCUUUACCUGUGCUGGUGAUGUCCCCAGGACUGUCUGGCCUUUUUUUGUCCCUACCCUGUGUGUAUGUGGGCUGGGCUUCAGGAAUGGCAGUUUCUCUGCAGGAUGUAAGACAGAACUGUGGGACUUGGCAGCAGUUUUGGGUGGUCUUUCUUAUCCUCUGUCUGCCUGCAAACUCCCAAUGCUCUGCUCCAGGAUCCCAGCUCAUCUCCCAACCCAGUCAUGGCAGGAGCCAGGGACCAGGGCAGAGAGGGGGUGGCAGUGUGUUUCACAGUGUUUGAAAUGUCUCCUAGAAAUGCUGCUUGGCUGUCAGGGUCCCCUUUUUUCCUGUGGGAUGGGCUUUGAGGAAGCAGUGUGGUCUCAUCUCUGCCCUGCCACCUCCUCGGUGUUGCAGCAGUCCCUUGGCACAGACACAGCCUCUCACUCCAGUGACACCUGUUUGAUGGGAUUUUGGGAUGAGGCCUUAUAGGCUGGAUGUAGUCUCUGUGAUUUUCUUAGUGUGUUAAUGGGGUUGGACACACUGGGCAUCAGGAAUGGCUGGAGUAGGUUCUGCCAGCCUGGAAGUGACAAGGGCACGAGGGGAGCUGCUGGGGCAAUACCAGGCAGUUCACACCUCUCCUGCAGUGAUCAGAGCACAGUGUCCAUGCAGGGAGCAGGAAUGCCUUCCAGGCAGUGCAGGGAGAGCUGCUUCCCUUUGGAUCCCAGCCUUGCUGUGCCUCCCUGCACUGUCGGGGUGGGUGCGUGACUUUGCCUUAGGUGGCUGUCACUGGCUCAGUGUCCCUCUGUGUGGUCUGAGGGACCCCAGGGGAUGCUCCCCAGUCCCAGAUCCUGCAGCAGCAUGUGUGAUGGGUGCCCAGUGCCUUUUGCAGCAGCCUCCUCCACCCCUCCUGCCUCCCCAGCCCCCUGCAGCAGCCCCAGCGUGUGCAGGAGGGGGUGGCCACGGCUUGGGCACCCUGGCACGGGCUGUGCUGCCCUCUGAGCCCCAGCUGUGAGCAGGGACGUGGCUGCUGCCAGGAUUUUGGGAUUGAACUGGCUUUUCUCUCUGCUCCCACAGCCUGUGUGGGCCUGUGACUAAAGGGGUCUGCCCCUGGAUCUCCCUAAGGAAACACGAUACUUGCGGUCAGGUUUACAUUCUCACUGUUCAGUUCUUUUGAUAAAGCAGAAUAAAAUUAUUUUGUUACCAUU